GGAACCAGGCUGAGAGUUUCCAACCGGUGAGGACCGUCAUGGAAAAUACCGAACCAUGGAAGACACUGUAGAGGUUGCAGGCGAAGGAGAAGCCGAAGCAAGAGAUGACAUCAUGUUUUUUUCUUCAGAUAUUUCAAGGAGUUUCCAUCGACUUGAUGGAAACUGCUUGAUCUGACUCGAGAUGUCAUUAUGUGGAAAGAUAUUCCUAGGAAGACGUUAUAUUUUGGAGCCGGCUGUUUUGGUAUCCUAUCAACAUCUUACGUGAAGAACCCAAGUUUUGGAGAACUGACUUUCACUUCCUACCUGGCACUAUUGUAUCUAGCCGGAAUAUAUUGUCAUCGGAGCUUCUUAGGCGGUGGACAAGUAGGAAAUGGUGUCAACUGGGAGCUGAGUGAUACAGAGGCUUUAGAUUCCGUAAGAGUUGUUUUACCCGCUCUGAACUUGGUCAUCUGCAAGUGCGGACAGCUAUUCUGUGGGGACCCUUUUACAACUUUAAAGGUUGCAGCAAUGCUGUGGGUGCUAGCUCAACUUGGUUACUGGAUUUCACUUUGGAGUUUCGCCCGGUUGGCAUUUAUAUUGCUGGUUGCAGUACGGGCCUACUUUAGUCAAUUUCCGGAGGUUAGGUUGACCAGAUAUCCACAUAAUGAUUAUAGUGGGAAUAGUGAGCAAGAUGAACUGCCACCCAUAAUUGCUCCCGUUGAAGAGAGGGCGUUACGCACACAACCAGUUCUGAAGGAAGUUAAGUUGGAAACAUCUUGAGUGAUGAUUUUCACGAGGUCACCUCGUCGAAGAUUCUACUGUGAAGGCGAUACAUCCAGCGUCUGGUCGGGAAGUCAUCUUCAUUCGGAGCAGCAUUUGGAGAAGCGUUGUCCCUCUACUUCCCGUUUUCAAAAUACCAUGGGUGGUAUUCUCCUUGUUUUGCACAGGGUGUACAUGUAGUUAUAUUAUCGAAACAGAACCGGGCUAUUUUGAAAAAGCCAACUUCCACAAUCCGCGUUUAGAAAAAAAACAGUGGAGAUGUGAAGAAUGUGAACUGGCCUGAUUAACUAUCGCCUUAGCCUUGCGGCUCUUAGGUCUUCGCACCCUUUUUCCUAUAGUACUUGGUGUCCCAGUUCGCUUUGUAGCUCACACUUUACAUCUAGCUCAUGGUUUGGGGUCUUCCCAUCCUUUUUUUGUCAUCUACUUGGCCCCCUUUUAUAUUCGGGCCCUUUGUAUGAUAAGAGAUGCUGAACUAAGCUGUUUGCCAGUAAUGUUGCAUUAAGAGACGAGAUUUCUUUCUGUUAUGGGAAGUGGUCACGGCUGGUCCGAUGACCUCAUGCAGUGGAUGGGUAUAAUAGUUCAAAAUAUUUCCCUG